CUGAACUGCUUUAUCCGGUCCGCUCGUGUUUUCGGUUCUGCCCGAGUUCAUCUGAGUCUCUAGGUUGACAGGGCUGUGACAUAUGACAUACCUGACCUGGACAGGACAGGUAGGUCCACAUAGUUUCGCUCAGGUGAAAGCUGAAGGAGGCGCGAGCAAGACUCAAACUCACCUGCUGCGCGUGCUCGUCUUCUUCAAUAACAAGUUUGGCGAGAGGUUCACUUCUUCCACACGUUUCCCGAAAGACUCUCUGGAAACCUCACAGCCUACAUGGACGGUGAUUCGCUGUUUGGUGUCUCAGGUCUGAUUAUGGAGAGUCCAGCGGAUGGAGAUCAUCGAGAUGCUAGUAACACAAUCAGAGAAAACCAUGUGUUGCCGGACAUAAAGAGUUUAACCAGAAGUAAUGGCAUUCAUCAGAUGCCUGAGUUUCUAGACGACCCCUUCCCAGCUCCAGACUGGGUUUUGUUUCCUCCUGCUGAUUUUUAUCGUGACAGUACAUACAAUGGGUUUCAGACCACAUCUACAUCAGACCUUUGGGGUGAAGACACAGACAUUUUCCAGCCUUUUAAAGAGAAAGCAGACCCUGAUGUGACACACAGCAUCUCAGCCAAUCAGAACACAGAAUCCUGCUCUUCGUCCAAUCGGAGGGAUCCUCUCCUGGAAUUCAUCCUAUCCAGACAAAAGAAAUCCCAAGCCACGCCCUUCCCAGCUUCACCAUCCGAUCCGGUCAACUCUUUCCAAGAAACGUCCUCUGAAACGAACGGUUUCUUCCAGACUCCUUCGCUCUCCACCUCUCCGUUCCUUUCUAACAGAAGCCCAGCGUCUGAAGAUGUUUUCAAGACGUCCACCGCAGGAACCAACGUCUCCGAUCCUCUGUUUGACCCUCCGAAUCAAGCUCAGUCCAAACACAAGAGCCAGUAUGAUCGACUGUUCACCCGUCAAGAUGGAAAACAAGACAGUGGCAUUUCCCAUGAUGCUUUGCAAAAUGGAGGCGUUCAAGAGACAACACCGUUCACAAACGUCUCAAACGGAGACCUGAUGUUCAGGAGGCUCCCGCCCAAAGCUGCUCCUCGCAGUAAAGCCCCGAAGAUCCUCCCCCAGCCUCCUGCUCUCUCUCAGAUGACGCCGGCUGAGACUGAGAGAGAUCUGCAGGUGUUUGAGGACGUUCUUCUCAUCGGUCAGGAAAGGUGUGUGGAGGACUGGCCUGAACACAGUCCAGAGCUCGCUUCAGAGGAGAAACCUGUAAGUUCUGAUGAUCUCACACAUGUAGAGCAGACCGGUGCACAGACACUCACACUUUCUCUGUUUCAGGCCGGGAAGAUCAGGCUUCGGAGAGACUCUGUGAAGAUUCCAGACGCGUCUGAUGGAGGCGCUGAUGGGACGCUGAAGAGGAACGGGAAGCAGACUCUGGGAAGGAAACUGAGACACUCGCUGCUGAUCAGGAGGAGCUCAAAGGAUAUAACCAGAGAUGAACUGAAGAGCUCCGAGACGAACACAAGCUCACUGAAUCCAGGCUCAAAGCUCAUUGAUGGCACAGAUGAGUUCUUCACUCCAGAAGAAGAAGAAGAACAGAAUGAAGCUGCCGAGCACACACCUGUAUGAAGCUCUUUAUUCCUGAAUCCUGAUUGUUUCAGUGAUCGUUUCAGUGUUUCAGAGCAGAUGUUUAUCUCUCUCUCAACAGAAGAAGUCAAAACCCAAGAUUAUCACACACCGCAGAGGAUCAAAGGUGAAAUCUGCUGAAGCUUCAGCUAAACUCUCUCCAGACUAUAAGGAUGAUUUACCGUCCUCGUCCUCGUCCAAACAUGAGGAUCU